CAUCCGGGAUCCCGUCGCUGCCAGACACCGCCUCCCAGGACCGCCGACGGCCCGGCCGCCCGCCGCAGCCAUGCUCCUGGCGCGGAUGAACCCGCAGGUGCAGCCGGAGAGCAGCGGGGCGGACCCCGAGGCCGCGCAGCCCCUGCAGGCGCGCAAAGCCGCGGAGCUGCUGGUGGUGAAGGAGCGCAACGGGGUGCAGUGCCUGCUGGCGUCCCGCCGGAGCGAGGAGCCGCCCCGGGAGACCUGGGGCAAGAAGAUCGACUUCCUGCUGUCGGUGGUGGGCUUCGCGGUGGACCUGGCCAACGUGUGGCGGUUCCCGUACCUCUGCUACAAGAACGGCGGCGGUGCCUUCCUGAUCCCGUACACGCUGUUCCUCAUCAUCGCUGGGAUGCCCCUCUUCUACAUGGAGCUGGCUCUGGGCCAGUUCAACCGGGAAGGGGCAGCCACGGUGUGGAAGAUCUGCCCGUUCUUCAAAGGAGUCGGCUACGCUGUGAUCCUCAUCGCCCUCUAUGUCGGCUUCUACUACAACGUCAUCAUCGCCUGGUCCCUCUACUACCUCUUCUCCUCGUUCACCUUCCACCUGCCCUGGACCGACUGCGGCCACCCCUGGAACAGCCCCAACUGCACCGACCCCAAGCUCCUCAACGCCUCCAUGCUGGGCAACCACACCAAGUACUCCAAGUACAAGUUCACGCCGGCCGCAGAGUUUUACGAGCGCGGCGUCCUGCACCUCCACGAGAGCGGCGGCAUCCACGACAUCGGCCUGCCCCAGUGGCAGCUCUUGCUCUGCCUGAUGGUGGUGGUCGUCGUCCUGUUUUUCAGCCUCUGGAAAGGUGUGAAGACGUCAGGAAAG